AAAUCAAAUAUCCACAACACACAAAUCAUCAGCCCCUCUCAACCAUCAUUAUCAUCAUCUUCUUCCUGUAAAUUUUGCAGCCAUGAUCCCUUCUGAGAUCAGAGGAACAAGCCACUGCCUAACCCCAGACAAGCCAUUCUUAAUCCCACAAAACAUCACCACCUUUCUUCCCGACACAAACCUUUUCACAAACCUCGACAUAACCAACCUCCUUGGGACGACCACAACCCAUCAUCAUCUUCUUCUUCACAGUGAAUUUAACAAUAAUGUUGUUCCUGCUUCUUCUUCAACCUCUGAUGAAGCUGAAGAGAAGCAGACAAGCAUGAUCGAUGAGAGGAAACAGAGACGAAUGAUAUCUAACAGAGAGUCAGCUCGAAGGUCGAGGAUGAGGAAACAGAGACACAUGGAUGAGCUGUGGUCGCAGGUGGUUAGACUCAGGACAGAGAACCACAACCUUAUUCAUAGACUCAACCAUGUGUCAGAGUCCCAUGACAGGGCUCUUCAGGAGAAUGUUAAGCUCAGGGAAGAAGCUUCUGAUCUUCGCCAGAUGGUUGCAGAUCUGCAGAUCGGCUCACCUUUUGCCAAUACCCUCACGGAUUUUGAUGACUUCUGAGAUUUCUAUGAACAUUAACAUGAACAACACCACACAGACAAAAUACAUCAAAGUUUCGUACUUUUUUUCUGUGUCGUAUGUAUGAUGUUCUGUAUUGCUCUGUUUCUUACUUUCUUUACUCUUGCGAGCUGAAUGAGUUUUACAAGCAGGUUAUCCAAUAACAGCUCUACGUGCCUCUGUUUAUUUUUUUGCCCCCCAAGUUUUUUUCUGGUUUUCUCAAUGACACCAUCAAAUUUUGGUUCUGUUCACAACUCAAUGGUACGAAAAAUAACUGUGUUUGAUGUAUCAUUUUCACAUCUUCCAAC